GCAAGAGAUGAUUUUAGGGAGCCAAGCAAGAGAUGAUUUUAGGGAGUACCUUGGUAUUUUUUUAAAUUAUUUAGGUGCUGGUUCAGCAAUGGCUUUAAAAUUAUCUUUAUUUUACGACAUAAAAUCUCCAAAUUCUUGGAUCUUCUUUAAGGUUUUAAGGCAGAAAAUACCAGAAUGGAUGAAAUAUCGACAAAUAUCAAUUGAAUAUUUUCCUGUUAAUUGUACUUUUUUGCAUAGAGAGAUAUGUAGGUUUGUUUAUUUUUAAAUGUUCGUAUUUGGUUCCCGUUGUUUCUUAAUGUCUCCGUUCUUUUUCACAUACUCACAUCAGUCGAUAUUUCUAUUUGGCACGCUCCCAGUAACAAACGGUCAGCUAGAGGUCGAGCUGGGUCUUUGCCUGGUCCCAUACCUGUGCCUAACCUGGAUUUUCCAUGUAACCAUACCCAUCCAUUUUUUUGCUUCCUUUCUUUUACCAGGACUGGGAGUUGACUUCAGGCCCAAGCCUGACUUCAAGCCCAAGAUCUGGUCAAUUUGUUCGAAGGUUAUUCCAG